CCUACGAAGGCUGGCUUCUGCUGGGGGCCCCGUUGCGGAGCCGCCUGCCCGGAGGGGCCCCGCCCGACUGCGCGGCUGCGCUCAGAAUUGAGAAAAUUGAGUCUGAAAGAACUUUAAGUGAUUUGCCCAGGACCACACAAGUAGUAAGUUUCCUUAAAAAAAAAGGAAGAAAGAAAGAAAAUAAUGGAGGAAUCUAUAAGCCAAAUGCAGCCACUGAAUGAGAAACAGGUGACCAAUUCUGCUAGUGGCUACAUAUGGCAGGUCACCGACAUGAAUCGACUACACCGUUUCUUAUGUUUUGGUUCUGAAGGUGGUACUUACUACAUCAAAGAGCAGAAAUUGGGCCUUGAAAAUGCUGAAGCUUUAAUUAGACUGAUUGAAGAUGGCAAAGGAUGUGAUGUAAUACAAGAAAUAAAGACUUUUAGUCAAGAAGGGAGAACAGCAAAGCCCGAGCCAUUGCUUUUUGCUCUCGCCAUUUGUUCACAGUGUUCUGAUAUAAACACAAAACAAGCAGCAUUUAAAGCAGUUUCUGAAGUAUGUCGAAUACCUACCCACCUCUUCACUUUUAUUCAAUUUAAAAAAGAUCUGAAAGAAAGUAUGAAAUGUGGUAUGUGGGGUCGUGCUCUCAGAAAAGCUGUAGCAGACUGGUAUAAUGGAAAAAAUGGCAUGGCUCUUGCUCUGGCUAUUACAAAAUAUAAACAAAGAAAUGGCUGGUCACACAAAGAUCUUUUAAGAUUGUCUCAUCUUAAACCUUCUAAUGAAGGACUUGCUGUUGUGACCAAGUAUGUUACAAAGGGUUGGAAAGAGGUACAGGAAGCAUAUAAAGAUAAGGCACUUUCCCCAGAGACAGAAAAAUUACUGAAAUAUCUGGAAGCUGUGGAGAGAGUGAAGCACACAAAAGAUGAAUUAGAAGUGAUUCAUCUAAUAGAAGAACAUAAAUUAGUUAGGGAACAUCUUCUGACUAAUCAUCUAAAAUCUAAAGAGGUGUGGAAAGCCUUGUUACAGGAUAUGCCUCUAACUGCAUUGCUUAGGAAUCUCGGGAAGAUGACAGCCAAUUCAGUGCUUGAGCCAGGAAGUUCAGAAGUUUCUUCAGUAUGUGAAAGACUAUGUAACGAUAAACUUUUAAAGAAGGCUCGUAUACAUCCAUUCCAUGUUUUAGUUGCAUUGAAAACUUAUAAAACAGGACAUGGACUCCGAGGAAAACUGAAGUGGAUUCCUGAUGAAGACAUUUUGAAAGCAUUAAAUACUGCAUUUUAUAAAACAUUUAAGACAGUUGAACCAACAGGAAAACGUUUCUUGCUAGCUGUUGAUGUCAGUGGUUCCAUGGAUCAAAGAGUUUUGGGCAGUAUACUCAAUGCUAGUACAAUUGCUGCAGCAAUGUGUAUGGUUGUUGUAAGAACAGAAAAAGAUUCCCAUAUAAUUGCAUUUUCACAUGAAAUGGUACCAUGCCCAGUGACUAUGGAUAUGACUUUGUGUCAAGUAUUGAAGGUUAUGGAUGAGAUUCCAAUGGGUUGUACUGAUUGUUCUCUCCCAAUGAUAUGGGCUCAGAAGACAAAUACAGCUGCUGAUGUCUUCAUUGUGUUCACUGAUAAUGAGACCUAUUUUGGAAGUGUCCAUCCAGCUAUGGCUCUGAGGGAUUACCGAAUGAAAAUGGACAUUCCAGCUAAAUUGAUUGUUUGUGGAAUGACCUCAAAUAGUUUUACCAUUGCAGACCCAGAUGAUAGAGGCAUGUUGGAUAUGUGUGGCUUUGAUACUGGAGCUCUGGAUGUAAUUCGAAACUUCACAAUGGAUUUGAUUUAACCUUCUGGCACCAGCACUUCACUUCAUGUCCAUUGCUGGCAGUGGAUUUUGCUACAAAGAUCUAAUUACCAGCUAAACUUAAUCAACUGAAAAAUGACAGACAUAUCCGAAAUUUAAUCUUUUUUCAAAAGGAAAGAAACCUAAAAUUACUUUCCUGUCUAUUAUAUAUAAUUUAAACUGCUAAUAAAUUAAACUCAACCAAUAUUUUAUAAAGCAUCUACUACUAAACUCAGCAUAGAAACUUUACUUCCAACUUCUACUGAGAAGAAAAAAAUGUGUUCUGAUGCAUUCACUGAAGAUAUUUUUGUUUUAGAAAAUCAUUAGUAUUAUAUUUAUUAGGUGAGAGCCAAAAAUUAAAAUGGCCCCAACACAACUGUAUGCCAGCAUAAACAUUUGCCUAAACUGUGUUGUUUAAACUUUCCUGUGUCCUCAUUUGAAAAGGAUAAUUUUGAUGAUACUUACAUUGUUUGAAAUCCAAAUACUGAGUAUAUUCUUUGGGUGCACUAGACCAUGUAACUGUGAUGGAAUAUAAAAAUGAUCUGUAAGAUUUUUAACUUGGGGUAGAGAAGAUAAAAGAGUUGGGGAUGAUCACACCAAGAAAUUUUAAGAAAUAAUCAGAGCUUCAUCAUAUCCUCUAAAAUAAUUUAUGUGAUCUUUUAGGAUCAUAUUUGUAAUUUUUUUAAAUAUUGAAAAUCAACUUUUAACAGUUUUAAAUUAGCACUCAUAGAAUGCAAGGUAGGUAUUUAGAAACAACAUUAGUAGUUUUGUAUAAAUUUACAUUUUGAUAAAGAAUUGUUUUCUAGAAGAAAAACUGAAUAAGUUACUCUACGUUAUGAGAAUUUUGACAUAAAUUCACUACUUAAAUAAUUUAAUUUGUCUGGACAAUUCCAGUUAUCAUCAAAAUUAAACCGUAUUAAAAAUAUAAAAUUAACCCUCUGAAAUGAACAUUUUCCUACUUUGAAAAUAGAGUUUUUAAAACAAUUAUGUUUUAACUAUUAUCUUGUUGAUUGCAUCUUAAAUGAGUUUCUAUUAUCUGCAAUGUAAAACCACCACUAACUUCCUAAAUUGCCAGUUUUUUUUGUCUAGCUACACAAACUUGGUAAAUUGUUUUCUGAUCAUAGAAAAUACUUGACAAAAGAUAGGUCUACUGGUAAAUGAUACAUUUUGCAAAGGACUUUUAACCAAUCAUUGUUUAUGAAUUAAAGCAAUAGAUUCAUUAACAUCUUCAGGGAAAUUUGUAAAAAAUGAGUGUAGUUAUUAAUUUUUUUUUUUUUUUGGUACAACAAAGAGUACUAAGGAACAAAUAUAGUCUUGAUAGGAAAUUUUCUUUAAUCAUAAAAUAACUACUGAAGUUUUAAGCUUAAUUAUUGUUCAUAAUUUUCACAUGAUACCACCAGUAGUCUCAAUAUUAAAACUAAUUUUUCAUUUGUCAUUUUUUAAAAAUUAUUGUGCAAGAAGUAAAACUAGCAAAUGCAGAUUUUUAACUAUACUUGCUUAGCCAUUAGAGAUUUGUAUGUGUUUGGUGGGGUCAAACAGUAUUAUUGUAAUUUAUAUGUGUAAAUUUUUUCUACCUUUUUAGAGCAUUUUUUCAGAACAGUAAUUUUAGAGCUGUGAUAAAAUCAGUUAUUUUCACAACCACAACUUCAGACAGCGUGGUAGCAGUUUUAAAAUUGAUUCCUGUAUGGAUUAUAUUACCUUUCAUAGUUGGAGAAUCUAUGAUUCCACUGGUAUCGGUUGUCUCCUCCACCAAAGUAGCUUACAAUUUGUCAGUUACUAGACAGUGUUUGAGAGCUGCCAUAGCGAAAAAAAAAUCAUACUUUUUGCAGCUACCUUGGUAAUGUACCUCUUUUCAUUCAGCUAAAUAGUCCUUUAUACCAGUUUAUAUCACCAGGUAACUCUUCAAAAGCCCUUCCUGCUUAGUAACUAUACUUCCUAGAUUGUAACAAUAUGGGUCAUAUUUUCAGUAAAUCAAGCUUUUACGAGGAAACAUUCUUCUCAAAAUGCAUUGCUACACCCUAUACUUCUGAUAUAUUAUAACAAACUUUAAGAUAAUUUCUGAAGUAUUUGAUUUUUUUUUUUAGCUUUCUAUAAGAUUUUAGGUAAUUACAUAUUAGAUGUUUUUGAUAUCUACAACUAUCAUACUAUUUAGAUAGAAUUUAAAGAACAUCUGAUAGAUGUAUAUAAUUAGCUAUUAAAAUUACUUCAUAAAUUAAAAAUUUAGAAAUACAGGAUGACUACUCCUAGAAGUGUUAAUGAGAUAAAACAUUUAAAAAGAAGAGAUUACAUGUGUAAAAUAUUUUUUUAGUAUCUGUAAAAUCAACAAUCUUUUUUAUAAGUAUCUUCAGGAAUUAAUAUCAAAAUCAUUUAGAGAAAUAAUUUGUGACCUUGAGAAAUAUAAGUUUAAUUUAAAAGAUUUGAGGAUCAUGACAUGGAUGGAUGAUUUCUUUUUUUUUUUUUUUUAAUUAAAAAACUAGAGAUAUUAUAAAAAGCUGAUUUCUAAGGCCUUUGGUUUUGGGUUUUUUGUUUUUUUUUCUUUAGUGACAUAAUAAAGUUCUUUUGGGAUGUUUAUUACAAAAAUAUUUGUCACUUUGGUUACGGUUUUAGGAAAAGGGAGAUUAUGUCUAAAUUUGUGGCCAAUGUUAUAAGAUCAUGCUACUCCUACAAUUUCCCCACAAUUCAUAUUGGCACAGUUUGAGAUUUGAAUGCGUUUAUGGGAAUAACAAGGUCCUAUUAACUUACCUCACUGAAAUAAAUAUACUGUGGCACAAAAUUAUACUUUGUGAAUCAUUUUUAGCUUUACUUCAGUUAUGAAAGGAAAAAAAGAUUGCUUUUACAAUCUUAAAUACUAUAUAUUGCUGUUACAGUCUAAUACUCCAUGAAAAGCAAGUAUCACCUUUCAAAACAGAGUGGAGUGAUCUUAGAAGAGCAGGGACAGGGACCUGAUAGCCAUCUAAAAGUUUUUGAAGAACUAUGCUGUGGUAAAGAGACUGUGAAAUUUGUUUUCCUUGGUCUCAGAGGAACCUAUAGGAACAAAUAGGAAAGUUGCAAAAAGGAGAGUUCCUAACACUCUUCUCACAUACCUCUUAAACAUUACCCCCCACCCCUUUCCCUACUAAAAGUCUUCAAGCCCAGAUUGGGUCAUUACUUGUUAGGUAUAUGGUAGAUCAUAAUCUUAUUCUGAUGGGAAUUCUACUACACAAAAUCAUAUGAUAAAAUUUACUGCUUUGGAAGGGACCAGAGAGUUAAUCUAGUACAACCCUUUCUCCCCACGCCUAUGCUCUAAAAAAUUUACAGAUGAUGAAAUAAUUCCAGAGUGGUUAAAUGACUUGUCCCCUUGCAUCAUUGAGAUUGUUUAAUUAAUAAAAACUAGGUUUUUUGGCUAGCUCUACCUUAUAGGCUAAGUAACUUAGGCAUGGCAGUUUUGUUUUAUUGUUUUAUAAUAAUUUAGGUAUGUAAUUUAGUAUUUUCUUUAAAUAUUAAUCCUUUUGAUUUAGGGCUAUUAAAUCAUUGUUUAGUUAACUGUAACACUUUAAAACUUGUUAUAUAUCUUUGACAUCCCAAUCACUACAUGGCUGAGUCAGUACAACUCAGUUCUCCAGCUAUAGAAAUGUAACUAUUACUUGAAAAGGGGCUUUUUAUCUUUGUCAAGCACUUUGAGAAUCUGGGGGGCAAGGGCAAUCUUUAAGUAAUAUUUUAUUAAUCAUUCCAAGACACUGCUUGUAAGUUGAUGAUCUAUGGUCAGUGUACUUUGAAAACCAUUUACUUAAAUAGGCCUUUAAAACUAAAUUAUCUUGUGAGAAAAAGGAAAUGAAAAGGUAUACUUUACAAAGUUGUUGAUCAAUGGCUUACAAAUUAUAUGAUAACUACUGGGAGGGUUGGGUAGAGGUGUGGAAUUAAAAUACAGAUUACUCAAAUGGAAUCAAGAGCUAAAAAUUUGAUUGAGGGAAAGUCCAUCAGAAAAGACUCAUUUGACCUUUUGAUUUUUGAAUUUACUCUUUAAUUUACAAAUUAUUUUAAGGGAUCUUAAUCUUCAUAACAGUUUUUUUUUUCUGUCGUGGUAAGAACAAUUAUGCAAAAGUUGGACGGGAUUACAGAAGGUGCUCUUAUCUUUGGAUGGUAUUUAGUAAAGUUUGACACUGAAUAUCAAGAUUAAUAUGUAUUUUUAAAGUAAAAUUGUUCUCAUCUGUGGCUGAAUUUGAAUUUAACUUAAAAGUUAAAUGAUUCAUAAACAAACCAUUGUAUGUAUCUUAGUAAACUAGUGAAAAGGCACUGUUUAUCAACGUGUUCAUGACAUUUUAUAGUGUUAGAAGCUCUGUAAAUAAAAUGUAAUAUCACCAGUUUAAAACAUACAAAUUUAAAAAAAUAUUAGUUUAACCAUAAUGUACAUAAUUCUAGUCUGAGGUAACUAGUCUUCAUCUUUUCUACCUCUUAGUGAUAUUCCUUUUUAUCUUAAUAUCCAGUUUCCAUUCUCUCAUAAAAGAAAAGUAACUUCUCCCUUUUGAUAUCUUAGUCCAGCCCUGCUUUGUGGGGUAUGCACAACUGUAGCAUGUAUGAACAGAAAAGUAAAUUUUAGUUUUGGUGUAUCUAUCAGUUUCUUUGCUUAUAGGGCUAUUCUUUUAAAUGCCUUAAAUAUGUAAGAUUUUAAUAGUUUUAUACUAGCAAUAUCUGAACAAUGUGCAAAUCUACUGGGGGGAGGAAAUUCUUUACUAACAUAUCCAGCAUUUUCUCAGAGUAUGUUAAUAGCUACCUAAAAUAUCUUAAAAUCAAGUAAGUAAACAAAAAAAUUAGAGCCAACCUUAUAAGAAUAUUACCUCUGAUCAAAAAGUAUAAUUACCUGAAUAGGUCUUCCAAAUAAAGGGCAUAUCUGAAUUCUAUAUUCUCAUUAUUAGAGCCAAUAACAAUCUGCAUAAGUAGGAUAACACUUGGAAUCUUCUCGUACUAAAAAUCUCAGUAAAUUUGUACACUUAGGGAUGAGAAAAUUCUAUGAGCAAAUAACAUAUUCAUCUUCAUACUUUUACAAAGUACCAAGUUUAUUUUGUUUUUUGAUGUAAUAUUGUUUUAAUCAUGUGUGUGACUUUUUACAUAGUAAACUGACAAGGGAACAAGGGCGUUAGUUAACUAUUUUCUGGAUAAAUGUGUAAUAAAUUUUUUAUUAAACAUUGAAGAUAUUAAAUUGUACUAGAGGAUUUAGAAAGUAGUAAAGAGAAGAUAAUAUAAAUUGUGGGAAUUAAAGUUGGUAAAUCUGGAACUGACAAUUAUGCUCUAAUCCUUUGUGAAACAUGAUGAUGAGCUUGUAUGGCUAGCAAUGUAUAAGCAACUGUUUCUGAUGCUAUAAAGCUGAUUGAUCUCUGCUUCCUCAACAGUGGAGUUUCUGCUCCAUUUAGAACCUACACCAAAUUAACUUUUGUAACCAAACAAAAAAAUACAACUUAUUUUAAAAGUCAGGAUAGUGGAGUUGAUAUUGAGAUACAAGGUCACACAUAAUUGUUGGAAUAUGCAAUUUAAUAACUAAUUCAAAGCCUUUAUUAAAGUUUUUAAGUGAAAA